AUGUAUCGAAUGUUUAAAAUUUGUUCCAAGCCCGUUAACCUGAUUUCAACCCAAACCCUUUCUCGAAGCUUUCAUGCAUCGAAACCAGCUUCACAAGUGAUUGCCUCACAACCAUUAAGAGCAAAGGAAGCACCCUCUACAAUUUCUAGCAAAUACCCAGUCAUUGAUCACUCAUAUGAUGCUAUUGUUGUAGGUGCUGGAGGUUCCGGCUUGCGUGCCGCUUUUGGUCUUGCAGAGGCUGGUUUAAAUACGGCGUGUAUAACUAAAUUAUUUCCAACAAGAUCACAUACUGUCGCUGCACAGGGUGGUAUUAAUGCUGCCCUAGGGAAUAUUACUGAAGAUGAUUGGCGUUGGCAUAUGUAUGAUACUGUGAAGGGAAGUGAUUGGCUUGGUGACCAAGAUGCGAUUCACUACAUGUGUCGUGAAGCUCCAAAAACUGUUAUUGAACUAGAACAUUAUGGUGUACCAUUUUCUCGAACGGAAGAUGGUAAAAUUUAUCAAAGAGCCUUUGGUGGACAAAGUCUAAAUUUCGGUCAAGGUGGACAGGCGUACCGUUGUGCUGCGGUCGCUGACCGUACCGGACACUCUCUUUUACAUACGUUAUACGGACAAUCUUUAAGACAUAACACUAAUUUCUUUAUUGAAUAUUUUGCCCUCGAUUUAUUAAUGGAAGAUGGUACAUGUCGUGGUGUUAUUGCUCUUAAUCAGGAAGACGGAACUUUACAUCGAUUCCGUGCUCAUAAAACCGUAUUAGCAACUGGUGGAUAUGGUCGUACUUAUUUUUCGUGUACUAGUGCACACACAUGUACUGGAGACGGAAACGCUAUGGUUGCUCGAGCCAAGCUACCAUUACAAGAUUUAGAAUUCGUACAAUUUCAUCCUACUGGCAUUUAUGGAGCUGGUUGUUUGAUUACGGAAGGUGAAGGCGGCUAUUUACUCAAUUCAAAGGGUGAACGUUUUAUGGAGCGUUAUGCUCCUAGUGCAAAAGAUUUAGCUUCCAGAGAUGUCGUGUCACGUUCAAUAACGUUGGAAAUCCGUGAAGGACGUGGUGUUGGUCCUGAAGCUGAUCAUAUUUAUUUACAACUUUCGCACUUACCUGCGGAAGUUCUACACGAACGUUUACCUGGUAUUUCUGAAACAGCUGCAAUUUUUUCCGGCGUUGAUGUAACUAAAGAACCAAUUCCAGUAUUACCUACUGUACAUUAUAAUAUGGGUGGUAUACCUACGCGGUAUACUGGUGAAGUUUUGACGAUUGAUGAGAAAGGAAAUGACAAAAUUGUUCCUGGCCUGUAUGCAGCCGGCGAAGCCGCUUGCGUAUCAGUUCAUGGCGCCAACCGCUUAGGUGCCAAUUCAUUACUCGACAUUGUGGUCUUCGGUCGUGCUUGUGCACACCAUAUCAAAGAUACUUUGGAACCAGGAACACCUCACAGACCACUAGCUUCUGAUGCAGGAGCUGAAUCAAUCGCUAAUCUAGAUAAACUUCGAAACGCAUCUGGAUCAAAGCCAACUGCAGAAAUCCGCUUGGAUAUGCAAAAGGCUAUGCAACGUGAUGCCGCAUCAUUCGAAGAUGUGAAAGUUGAGGAUCGAUCCAUGAUUUGGAAUUCUGAUCUUAUUGAAACUUUAGAAUUACAGAAUCUUUUGACUAAUGCUGUACAGACUAUGCACUCGGCAUCAGUUAGAAAAGAAUCACGUGGUGCUCAUGCGCGAGAAGAUUACCAGAAACGUGACGAUGAAGAAUGGAUGAAACACACACUAUCAUGGCAUGAUCAAAUAUCAGGACAAGUUAAAUUAAGAUAUCGGCCCGUAACUAGUAAAACUUUAGAUGAAAGUGAAUGCGCUAGUGUUCCUCCAAAGGCUAGAGUAUACUAA